AUGGCGCUCUCUGUAGCAGGCAGAUAUGCUAUUAUCACUGGCGGCGGCUCAGGCAUCAAUCUCGCGUUUGCGAAGAAGCUCCUCUCGCGCGGGUGCUCCGUUCUAGUUGGUGAUAUAAGCCUACGGCCAGACGCCCAGGAGCUUCUGAUACAGUAUCCGCACAAUCCUUCAACACCGCCAUCUGCUAGCAGGCCUGUCGCUCUCUUCAAGAAGACGGACGUCACAUCAUGGCCGCAGUUGUUGGCAUUGACUCGAGCGGCUGAGGCGGCCUUUCCACAAAUUGACAUUGUUGUUCCUGGUGCUGGUAUUUUUGAGCCUAAAUGGAGUUCUUUCUGGAACCCUCCAAAAUCACCGACAAAUCCAAAUAGUCCUUCACGAGAUAACGCAGACGGCGACCCAGGUCACUACGCUGUGCUAGACAUUAACCUGACGCAUCCAAUCCGGCUCAGUCAGCUUGCUAUCGCCCACUGGACCUCACGUCGUAUUACGGGCUCGCUGCUCAUUGUUGGUAGCAUGGCUGGAUACGUGCAUGGUAUCGGAUCACCAUUAUACUUUGCUAGCAAGCACGGCGUGCACGGCUUUGUGCGCAGCCUCGGCCGUCUGCGAGACACGGUCGGAAUUCGCACGGCGGCUAUUGCACCGGGUGCCGUUAAUACACCGUUAUGGAGCGAUGAUCCCGAUAAACGCAAUAUGAUUAGUGCAGACGAAAUCGCGGCCAGCCCAGAGGAUAUUGCUGACGCUAUGUUAGAACUGCUGGAGAAUCCACAAUACGGCGAUGGGACGAUAUUUGAGGCAACAGCCAGAGGUACACGGGUAGUUCCCGCGUUUAACGCUCCUCCGCCAGACAUCGAAGACGGAGGUAUAUCAGAGUAUGAGGCCGUAGUGGCGAGACAAUGGGAAAAGGAAAUCACCGAAGGAGGGCUGCUGGUUUAG